GCGCUUAACACUCAUUGCGUUGACUGCUUUACUUAUAAUUACAAUGAUCAACGUAUACUCUUCAAAAAUCGCCGACUGGAUAAAUCAGAGUCUUGCUAUUGUCAAGACACUAACUGUUAUUACUAUAGCAAUUAUUGGACUCAUUGAAAUAAAAAACAGUACCAAUUGGAAUGAUGCCUUUAAAAGAACUGAUGAUUCACUAGAUGAAUUCGAUGAUCCCAAGCGAAACUUGAUCUACAACAAUACUAUUUCGGUCGGGAUCGUUGGAGUUCUAUUACUUUAUUUUGCCAAUGCAAUUUCUGGACGAGUUUUUGGGAAAAUAUUAUCAUUCUUUGUAGCAUUAUCUGCUUUUGGCACCAUGGGAUCACUAAUUUGGAGUGGUUCUCGUGUCAUUGUCACUGCUGGUCAUAGAAGUUAUUUCCCGGUGUUUUCUGACAAACUUCAAAAAAUUAGUAAACGUGGAACUCCUAUGAAUGCUUUAUUACUCCAAUUUAUUUUGGGCGCGAUUGUAAUUAUAUUAGUAGGAGGUGCCCAUCGCAAUUCAUUUCAGGUUUUGUAUUCAAUGGCGCAAUAUACUUCAUGGCUUUUCUAUGGUCUUAUAGGUAUAGGAUUAAUUCGCAUUCGACUUAUAAAUAUAAAUAACGAAAAUAAGAAAAACCAAAAGGAAUUUUGGUGGAUCGUAAUUUUUAUGUACAUUGCUUGUGCUCUGUACAUCACUGUAGUUUCAUUCGUGGGGACUAGUAAUUCUAAUAAUGUUUGUUCUAUUCCAAAAGUCUCCUAUUAUUUACCAAAUGGGAUUAGCCUUGGAUUUUUAGUUAUUGGUUUUAUAUCUUGGAUAACUCUUUAUUCUUGGCGGAAUGAUAACCUAAACCCAAACUCAACCCCGGCCUGA